GGGACGCGGGGCGCGGACGCAGGCGCGGGGGACGCGGCGGCCGGCAGAGGGUGCGGGCGCGCGACGGGGACCCGGCCCGCGCGGCUUUCCUAGAAGGCGCCGGCCCACGGCGCGACGAUGGCCUCCGCGUGGCGGGAAGUCCUCCUGGAGACCCUGCUGGGAUAUGUUUCUUGGUCUCUCUACCAUGACCUGGGACCGAUGAUCUAUUACUUUCCUCUGCAAACGCUAGAACUCACUGGGCUUGAAGGUUUUGGUGUAGCGGUUCUUUCUCCAGUAUUACUAACUAUUCCUCCUUUCUGGAAAUUGGUUAACAAGAAAUGGAUGCUAGCCCUGCUGCGGAUAAUUACUGUUGGUAGCAUCGCCUCCUUCCAGGCUCCAAACGCUGUGCUGCGACUGGUGGUCCUUGCACUUGGAGUGUCCUCCUCUCUGAUCGUGCAAGCCGUGACCUGGUGGUCGGGAAGUGGUUUGCAAAGGUACGUCAGAAUCUGGGGAUUCAUUCUAGGACAGAUUCUUCUUGUUGUUCUCCGCAUAUGGUACACUUCACUAAACCCCAUCUGGAGUUACCAGCUGUCCAACAAAGUGAUACUGACAUUAAGUGCCAUAGCCACACUUGACCGCAUUGGCACAGAUAGUGACUGCAAUAAACCUGAGGGAAAGAAGACCGUUGAGACUGCCACGGGGAUGGCCUCUAGACCUUGCUGGCUGUUGGCAGGCGCUGCCUUUGGGAGCCUUGUGUUCCUCACCCACUGGAUUUUUGGAGAUGUCUCCCUGGUGUCCAGAUGGGCUGUGAGUGGGCAUCCCCACCCCGGGCCAGACCCCAAUCCAUUUGGAGGUGUAAUUCUGCUGGGCUUGGCAAGUGGACUGAUGCUUUCAGCUUGUUCGUGGUUUCGUGGUACUAUCAACAGUCUGAUCUGGUGGGUUACAGGAGCGGCUUCUGCCGCCGGCCUCCUGUACCUGCCCACGUGGGCGGCCGCCGUGUCUGGCUGCGUGCUGGCUGUCUUCACGGCGUCCGUGUGGCCUCAAGCGCUGGGACAACUUAUCAGCUCCGGGACAAACCCUGGGAAGGCCAUGACCACUGCCAUGCUAUUUUAUCUUCUGGAAAUGUUUUUCUGUGCGUGGUGCACAGCUUUUAAGUUUGUCCCAGGAGGUGUCUAUGCGAGAGAAAGAUCUGAUGUGCUUUUGGGGAUGAUAAUGCUAACUAUUGGGCUGAACAUGCUGUGUGGCCCUAAGAAAAACCUCGACUUUCUUCUUCAAACAAAAAAUAGUCCUAAAGUGCUUUUCAGGAAGAGUGAAAAAUACAUGAAAAUUUUUUUGUGGCUGCUGGUUGGUGUGGGGUUGUUGGGAUUAGGACUACGGCAUAAAACCUAUGAGAGGAAAUUGGGCAAAGGGGCUCCUGCCAAAGAGGUCUCUGCUGCCAUCUGGCCUUUCAGGUUUGGAUAUGACAACGAGGGAUGGUCCAAUCUAGAAAGAUCAGCUCUCCUGCUCAAGCAAACAGGUGCAGAUUUCAUAACAAUUUUGGAGAGUGAUGCUUCUAAGCCCUAUAUGGGGAACAAUGACUUAACUAUGUGGCUAGGGGAGAAGUUGGGGUUCUAUACAGACUUCGGUCCAAGCACAAGGGAUCACACUUGGGGGAUCAUGGCUUUGUCGAGGUUCCCCAUCGUGAGAUCGGAGCAUCACCUUCUUCCGUCACCAGAGGGCGAGAUUGCACCGGCCAUAACACUGACCGUUAACAUCUCGGACAAACUGGUGGAUUUUGUAGUGACACACUUUGGGAAUCACGAAGAUGACCUUGACAGGAAACUGCAGGCAAUUGCUGUUUCAAAACUACUGAAAAGUAGCUCUAAUCCAGUGAUAUUUCUGGGAUAUAUCACGUCAGCACCUGGUUCCAGAGAUUAUCUGCAGCUCACUAGACAUGGCAAUGUGAAGGAUAUCGACAGCACAGAUUAUGACAGAUGGUGUGAAUAUAUUAUGUAUCGAGGGCUGAUCAGGUUGGGUUAUGCAAGAAUCUCCCACGCUGAACUGAGUGAUUCUGAAAUUCAGAUGGCCAAAUUUAGGAUCCCUGAUGACCCCAUUAAUUACAGAGACAACCAGAGAGUGGUCAUUGACCACCGAGAAGUUCCCGAGAAAAUUCAUUUUAAUCCCAGAUUUGGAUCCUACAAAGAAGGACACAAUUAUGAAAAUAACCAUCAUUUUCAUAUGAAUACUCCCAAAUAUUUUUUAUGAAAUAUUUAAAACAAGAAGUUAUUGGCUGAACAAGUCUUAGGAAAAAAGCAUGUAAGAUAAAAAGAAGAGACAAAUGAAAGCAGGAAAAUACACACAAAGAACCUCAACUUAAUUUUAAAAAGCAUGGUAUCUAAGCCGUGGGAAAUUCCAUCCAUUUAUAAAAUACAUGUUGCUUUAUAAUGCAUUUCUC